AUGAAGGCUGUCCUCGCUGCCGUGCUCUCCUCCGCCCUCGCGGUCGUCGCCCUCCCCCCUGGUAUCCCCAGCGAGGCGCGUGCGCGCUCCCUCCUGAGCAGUCUCACGGUAGCCCCGACCAUCAACGACGGCACCUAUGACCGCGACCUGUUCCCUCACUGGUCCGCGGUCGAGGGCAACUGCAACGCGCGCGAGUUUGUGCUCCGCCGCGACGGCGACGGCGUCACGGUGGGCAAUAACUGCUACCCUACCGGCGGCACCUGGACGUGCCCCUUUGACGGCGAGACGCACAGCAUACCCAGCGACGUCUCCAUUGAUCACAUGGUGCCCCUGCACAACGCGUGGAUGACUGGUGCCUCCGAGUGGACCACGGCGGAACGCGAGGCUUUUGCCAACGACGUGGACGGUCCCCAGCUGUGGGCUGUCACUGGCACGACAAACUCGCGAAAGGGGUCGGACGCGCCCGACGAGUGGCAGCCUCCCCUGACGAGCAUCCACUGCCAGUAUGCUGCUGCGUGGAUCCAGGUCAAGAGCACUUAUGACUUGACGGUGAGCUCGUCGGAGCAGGCUGCUCUGGAGGAGAUGCUCGACUGCCCUCCCGAUCCAGGCUUUGCCGACGCGGAGGCGUUCGAUUUCAGUUCCUCGUCGUCAUGGGACAGCAGCCCCGACAACACAUGGAUAAUCAAGGACGAAGACCUCGUCGAAUUCCAUGACGACGACAAGGCGCUUGAACUCAAAGUCGAAGCAGAAGGCCAGGAGGUAUGGGUGUCCUCUAGGCAGUACCUCUUCUUUGGCAAGGUGACGUUUGAGGUUGAGGCUGCUGCUGGACAGGGCAUUGUGACCGCGCUCGUGCUCAAGUCUGACUCUGGCGACGAGAUUGACUGGGAGUUGCUGGGUGCGUCUGAGAUGGAGGCGCAGACAAACUACUUCCACGACGGCGAUGCUGUGCCCAACACGUAUAACACCACGUACGCCAUGAACACGACCAUCACGGACACUCAUGUCUACGGUAUAGAAUGGACGGAUGAGACACUCAUCUUCAGCAUCGAUGGCCUCGACGUCAAGACAUGGCGCGUGGGCCAGAUCCCCGGGAGCAAAUGGCCGCAGACGCCCAUGCUUGUGGCCCUGCGACUGUGGACGAUCAGGUCGUCGGAUGAUCCUGGUCUGGUCACCUGGGGAGGGGGCCAGCCAUCGUGGGACUCGGCGCCUUUCACGGCGACAAUCCAUCGCGUGGAGAUUGAAGACUACGCCGGUGGCUGUCGCGAGAUUGAGGAUCGCGUCGAGUACUUCUACGAUGAGAACUUUGGCGGAUGGGAGGAUGUGCAGGUCAGUGGAUGCAAAGGCAAGCCAGCGGACAUGCUGACACCCUCUGUCCCGAGCGGGACCAUGCCGCCGAGGAGCGAUGGAUGGUAUGAGUCGUCUACGACGACGGCGUCUAGUGGUGAGAACACGGAGGAACCAGAGGCGCCACCCAAGGACGAAGACCCCGAUGAUGGGAGUCUGAUGCUGGGCGGCGCCUCGGGCAUGGGCCUCGAGACCGCCAAGGUUCUACAGGCGACAGGCAACUGGAAGCUUCAUCUAUUCGACCUCAACCCCAAGGCCGGUGAGGCAGCUCUCCAGAGUGUCCCUGGUGCAGAGUUCCACCAGGUCAAUGUCACAAACUACGAGUCCCUGUCCAAGGCUUUCCAAAAGGUGUUCGAUACCGAAGGCUGUCUGGACUUUGUCUUUGCCAACGCUGGCAUUGUUGAGCGCCACUCGUUCUACGAAAAGGCAGAGACUAAGGGCAGCGAGCCGCCUCCUGCGCCCAACAUGGCCACGCUCGACGUCAACAUGAACGCUGUGGUGACGACAACGUAUCUGGCCAUGCACUACAUGCGCUUAAGCCCCCACAAGGGAAAGGAUGGCACGAUUGUCGCGACAUCCAGCUGCGGUGGACUGUAUCCCAGCCAGUACACUCCCAUAUACGCCGCGUCAAAGGCCGGUGUCGUCAACCUUGUGCGCAGCUUAGCUUUCCCGCUGCACCACAACGACGGCAUCAAGAUCCACGCCAUCUGCCCCGGCACCGUGAGGACAAACUUGCUCGUCGACUCGGAGUGGAACAUGUUUCCUGCAAAGUACUUUACGCCCGUAGACAAGAUUGCGUCGACUGUCAAGAUGCUGGCGGACGGUGGUGCCAUGGAGGACGUGACGGGGAGAAAGGUGACUGCUGGCGAGGACUAUGGUCUUGCCGUGGAGAUUCACGGGACGAAGCAUUAUUUCAGGGACCAUGUGCCGUUCUGUGACGAUGAUAUGAGGAGUAUCAUGAUGGCGACGAGCAUGGAGAACCAGCAGAAGGCUUUUGAUGAGGUGAAGAAGAGGAGCACACGUGCCAGUACCGAGCACGUGGAAACAACAGUGUCAGCAUGA